UGUCUCUUAAAGGACAAAGUCUUCAGUUGAGCGGCACCAACUUCCUCUUUACUGUUGCUUCCUUUCCUUGGAGGUAACACUAUCUUCAUCUCUUUCGAAAACUUUUUUCCUUCUUAAUUUGCCAGUGAUGCCAACAGUCAUUAAAGCUUCGGUGGCUCAGCCGACAAGGGCUGGGCCACUCUCUCCAGGACUGGUUUCUCCUCCGGUCCAUGCCCCAACCACCGAUGCAGGUGGAGUGAAUUCUGGGGGCAUCUAUUCAGCUAUUAUCAGCCGGAAUUUCCCUAUUAUUGGAGUGAAGGAGAAGACUUUUGAUCAGCUACACAAGAAAUGUCUAGAAAAGAAGGUUCUGUAUCUUGAUCCUGAUUUCCCCCCUGAUGAGACGUCUCUGUUCUACAGCCAGAAGUUCCCCAUCCAGUUUGUCUGGAAGAGACCACCGGAAAUCUGCGAGAAUCCCAGGUUUAUCAUUGGUGGAGCCAACAGAACUGACAUCUGCCAAGGAGAUUUAGGGGACUGCUGGUUCCUGGCUGCCAUUGCUUGCCUGACCCUGAAUGAGCGACUACUUUUCCGAGUUAUCCCCCAUAAUCAGACUUUCACUGAAAACUAUGCUGGGAUUUUCCACUUCCAGUUCUGGCGCUAUGGAGACUGGGUGGAUGUGGUUAUUGAUGACUGCCUCCCAACCUAUAACAACCAGCUGGUCUUCACCAAAUCCAACCAUCGCAAUGAGUUUUGGAGCGCUCUGUUGGAGAAGGCCUAUGCAAAGCUCCAUGGCUCUUACGAAGCCCUGAAAGGUGGUAACACCACAGAAGCUAUGGAGGACUUCACUGGAGGAGUGACAGAAUUCUUUGAGAUCAAGGAUGCUCCCAGAGACAUGUACAAGAUCAUGAAGAAAGCUAUUGAGAGGGGUUCCCUCAUGGGCUGCUCCAUUGAUACCAUUGUUCCGGUGCAGUAUGAGACACGGAUGACCUGUGGGCUGGUCAAAGGUCAUGCAUAUUCAGUCACUGGACUAGAGGAGACAACAUUCAAAGGAGAGAAGGUGAAGCUGGUACGGCUGAGGAACCCCUGGGGUCAGGUGGAAUGGAAUGGCUCCUGGAGUGAUGGCUGGAAGGACUGGGUCCUGAUUGACAAGGCGGAGAAAUCUCGCUUGCAGCACCAGGUGACAGAGGACGGAGAGUUCUGGAUGUCCUAUAAAGAUUUCAUGAAUCAUUUCACAAAGCUUGAGAUCUGCAACCUCACAGCUGAUGCCCUGGAAUCUGACAAGCUCCAGACCUGGACUGUGUCUGUGAACGAGGGCCGCUGGGUGAGGGGAUGCUCUGCUGGAGGCUGCCGCAACUUUCCAGACACUUUUUGGACCAACCCUCAGUACCGCCUGAAGCUCCUGGAGGAAGAUGAUGACCCUGAAGACAAUGAAGUUGUCUGCAGCUUCCUAGUGGCCUUGAUGCAAAAGAAUAGGAGGAAGGAUCGGAAACUGGGAGCCAACCUUUUCACCAUUGGUUUCGCCAUCUAUGAGGUGCCAAAAGAGAUGCACGGUAACAAACAGCACCUACAGAAGGAUUUCUUCUUGUACAACGCCUCCAAAGCCAAGAGUAAAACCUACAUCAACAUGCGUGAAGUGUCCGAGCGCUUCCGCCUGCCCCCCAGCGAGUAUGUCAUUGUCCCCUCCACCUACGAUCCCCACCAGGAGGGAGAAUUCAUCCUUCGCGUGUUCUCUGAAAAGAGGAACCUCUCUGAAGAUGUAGAAAAUACAAUCGCUGUGGAUCGCCCAGUGAAAAAGAAAAAGCACAAGCCCAUCAUCUUCGUGUCUGACAGAGCAAACAGCAACAAGGAGCUGGGUGUGGACCAUGAGUCUGAGGAGGGCAAGGACAAAACAAACUCUGAUAAGCCAGAGAAACCAACUCAGCCAACCCCAGGUAACACUGACCAGGAGAGCGAGGAGCAGGUGCAAUUCAAGAACAUUUUUCGACAGAUUGCGGGUGAUGACAUGGAAAUUUGUGCUGAUGAACUCAAGAACGUUCUCAACACCGUGGUGAACAAACAUAAGGACUUGAAGAUAGAUGGGUUCACCCUUGAGUCCUGCCGAAGCAUGAUUGCCCUGAUGGAUACAGAUGGUUCUGGGCGGCUGAACCUGCAGGAAUUUCACCACCUCUGGAAGAAGAUCAAGAGCUGGCAGAAAAUCUUCAAACACUAUGACACGGACCACUCGGGCACCAUCAACAGCUAUGAGAUGCGCAAUGCUGUGAAUGAUGCAGGCUUCCACCUCAACAGUCAGCUCUAUGACAUUAUCACUAUGCGCUAUGCAGACAAGCAUAUGAACAUCAACUUUGACAGCUUCAUCUGCUGCUUUGUGCGGCUGGAGGGCAUGUUCAGGGCUUUUCAAGCCUUUGACAAGGACGGAGAUGGCAUCAUUAAACUCAAUGUUCUAGAGUGGCUGCAGCUUACCAUGUAUGCCUGAACCUUGCCUCCCUCACCUGAACUAAGAUUGUACAGAAUGAACCAUUUGUGAUGUCAACCAAAGCAGCUAGUGUCACUUCUAAGAAACAAGCAACAUCUAACGGCCUCGGGAUUCCCAUGGUGGUUCUCUUCCCUGUUAUUCUGUACUCCCAGCUAGUCUCAGGAUGUUCCAGUUUUGUUAUUCACUACACCUGCCCUUGGGAUAACCAGAUGCCUUCCCCAGGCUCAUAAAGUUGCUCCCCAACCAACCUUAGCUUUCUAGGAUAAGGUGUGAGCAGAGGUGUAACUUCUUUUCCCUAUUAAAGCAGUGACAUCAUCUCAGAGCACUACAGUGAAGCAAGUCUUUGCCAACUUCAUAGAGUUCCAGUUUAGCCCUAGGGGAAGAUUUUAACUAGAGAGGGCCAGUCCAGGUGCCUAAAAGGCUUGAUCCUAAAGCUAAUGCAAGAGUUGAGCCUCCCAUCAAGGUCCUUCUUUGGACUGUCCCCAAAUCUCCAGAUCAGAACUGACCUCAGGGCUUGGACAUGAUGAAAUUACUGCUAGGAAAACUUUAACCAGUUCAAAACCAGACCAGGGUUGAGGAAGGGUAAGGAAAUAUUUCCUGGGGUAUUUGUCUGGGAUUGUCCUUUGCUGGACGCAUUAAAGAAAAACACCUUCAUUGUUCACAUGUUGGUGGACAUUAAACAUGGAGUGCCUCCUGGACUCCUUCCCUCUAUCCCAGCCCUUGGUUCUGCCUUGGUUUUACUUCAGGAUUUUAUUUGUUCUGGAUUUAUACAGGGGAAAGGUAAACCAGGGCAAUUUGGGUUGUCACAGAUGAUUGGUUGUAGUCCCAAUAAGACUUCCCAAAUUAAUAAAAGGCAUGUGUCUGUCUAUCUAGUGUGCACUGUCUGACUCAUUUGAUAUUAACAGAUAGAACAAAGCCAAAUAGCCAAAGCAGUCCCACAGUAGAGAACUCCCUAGUCUCAGAACAGAAAACCACCAGACCCAAGAUUUUGAUUUAGAAAAAAACGCUGAAAAGACCAAAUUUUUAUAAUCAGUCCCUUUAGAAAAGUGAUUAUUUUAAAAAGCUUGUGAACACUUUCCCAGGGACAGGGGUAUAUACUGAAAGAAACUAGCUGGGCUAUACAUCGGGGCAAAGAGUCUUUAUAUUGGCCACCACCAAUAUGAAGUGGUAACUCAUUCAAAUUCAAUUGGAGAAUACACUCAAAAGGCUGUGCUAAGGUCCCAAUGAUUAAACUUGCAUUGAGGUUGUGACUUCUGUUGGUUAUGCCACUGUGGUUUGCUAGUAGACUACAUUUGGCCAGGAACUGUCAAAGAAACACUUGAUUUGGGAUUUUAACAAUGAAAUCAAUGUAUAGAAUCUCAGCAAUCCAAGUGUUUUAGAAGGUGCCUUGGAGGUCCUUUAGUCUAAUGUGUGUCUUUAGGAAUCUCUAUAAUCUCCCCAACAUUUUUUUUCCUCUUAAAGUGAUUUAAAACCUACGACCACCCCCAUCCAACUUUGUAGGCUCCAUUUUGAUGACCUGUAACUUCCCCUGUGGCCUCUUCAAAGGGAGAAAUAGGACACCAACUCAAGUAAAAGUUUGCACCGAGCUAUCUAAGAACAGAAUGGGCUACCUUAAGGGGGUAGUCUUUCCCAGAAGUGUUUAAGUGGAAACUCAACGACCACUUGUUAGAGACGCUAUGGAUCAAAACUUUUAUUUAAACUGAGGUUGGAUUAGAUGACCUCUGAGCCACAACAAAGCUCCCUUCUGAUCAUAUGAAACUUAUAAG